AUGAGUGCGGAAGAGGCAAUCGACGAGGUGCAACUGCCAGCCCGCACAGCAAUAGGAAUCUCCUUCGGCAACAGCUACAGUUCGAUCGCCUACACGUCCGAUGGCAAGGCCGAAGUAAUCGCCAAUGAAGAAGGGGAUCGACAGAUCCCUUCCAUCCUCUCCUACGUUUCUGGAGAGGAAUUUCAAGGCACACAAGCAAAAACUCAGAUCAUACGAAACCCACGCAACACAAUCGCCUACUUCCGUGAUCUUCUGGGCAAAGGUUUCAAGGAUAUUGAUCCGACGCCUUGUCAUGCCAGUGCGCACCCGGUCGAGCACGAUGGCGGGAAGACGGUAGCCUUUGUGGUGCAGGAGAAGGCUGCGGAGGAGGAGAGCGAGAAGGAGGCGGAGAAGAGCACGUUGAGUGUGUCUGAGGUCACCACACGCCAUAUCCGACGAUUACGGCAGUCUGCUUCUGAUUACUUGGGUAAAGAUGUGACGGCGGCCGUUGUCACGAUACCUUCUGAUUACAAUGAUGUGAACAAGGCUGCUCUCACCGAGGCGGCGUCAAACGCUGGUAUUGAGAUUCUGCAAUUCAUUCCAGAGCCGGUCUCCGCCCUACUAGGCUAUGACGCAAAGCAGUCGCUGACGGAGACGAGUUCUUCGCCAAGCGACAAGGUGGUUCUGGUUGCGGAUCUGGGAGGGACACGAUCAGACGUCGCCGUGGUAGCAAGCAGAGGCGGUAUCUACACCACCUUGGCUACAGCACACGAUUAUGAGCUGGGAGGCAGCAGUUUGGACAAAGUUCUCAUCGAGUACGCAGCCAAGGAGUUCAUGAAGAAGAACAAGAAAGCUUCAGACCCGAGAGAGAACGAGCGCAGCUUAGCGAAGCUUACUCUCGAGGCCGAGGCCGUCAAGAAGGCAUUGAGCUUAGGCGGGAGCGCAUCCUUCAGCAUCGAGAGCCUAGCAGAUGGUCACGACUUCAGCCUAUCAGUCAACCGGACACGAUUCGAGCUCUUAGCGAAUAAGGUCCUGAUGAGUUUCACCCGCUUGAUUGAAGCAGCUGUGCAAAAGGCCGAUCUCGACAUCCUCGAUAUCGACGAAGUUCUGCUUUCUGGCGGAACAAGCCACACACCAAAGAUUGCGAGCAAUCUUCAAAGCCACUUCCCUGAGAGCACUGUCGUAAUCGCACCAAGCACAUCCUCUACCGCCAUCAAUCCGUCCGAACUCACAGUCCGCGGUGCAGCUAUUCAAGCAAGUCUAAUUAAUGGUUUCGAAGUCCCGGAGAUCCGAUCGAGUACCGAGGCCGUGGUGACAGUGACACCUCACCUCCACCACGCCAUCGGUCUCGUGACGGGAGAAGGCAGCAAUGGCUUUGCUGUAUUGGUCAACGCCGAGACCCCAGUCCCUGUACGAAGAACAGCCCAGAUCUCCGUCAAGGCAGGCGGUGACGUAAUUCUCCGUCUUGCUGAAGGUGUGAGGGACAUUAAGGUCAGUAAAGAAGAGAAGCCCGCCACCAACGGCAACAAGCAUGAUGAUGAGGAUGAUGAGGAUGACUCGGACGACGAGCCAGAGGAGGUCCGGGAGAAGGUCUGGAAGGCGGGUAAGAUCUUAGCGGAAGCUGGAUUGAGGGGCGUGAAGAAAGGUGGCAAAGUGGAGGUCCAGGUUAAUGUUGCUCAAGACUUGGGCGUGACGAUUGUGUGUAGAGAGGUCGGCGGUAAGGGUGGUGUGCGCGGUGUUCUUGACGCUGGGAGGGCGGAGGCGAACGGAUCUGCGUAG